AUGUCCACUUCAUAUGAAACUCAACCCUCUAGGUUAGCCAAGGUUACCAAAGGAGUGCAGUGGAACUCUUGGUUCAUUGGUGCUGCUACAGUACUGGCAGGCCUGACGGCGCAGACCUACUUUGCUCCUGGGCCUGUCCACAAGCCCACCCCUUCGAUCGAGUCGUGCCUGAACGACGUCUGUGCAGGAAGGUCAGAUUGCGUCCAGUUUCCUAGCCAAAAGAAUGCGGGAGAAGCUACGUGGAUGGCCCCUUUCAAUCUCGGUCGCACAGUCACACCCGCGGCGAUCGUCAGACCCAAAGACGCCCAAGAGGUUGCCAACGUUGAUUCUGUUACUAACUUCAAUGGCAGCAACUAUGGCCUUGGAGGCGAAGACGGUGCCGUAUCAGUAGAUAUGGAACACUUCCAAUAUACGCAAGAUUCCAGCUCAAACAACAUCAUAGUUGGUGGCGGUACGAGACUAGGCCAAAUUGAUAAGCACCUGGGCACUUCCCAGCGAGCUAUUCCUCAUGGAAUGUGCCCCGGCGUCGGCAUCGGAGGCCACGCUACCGUUGGCGGGAUUGGCCCAAUGACCCGUAUGUGGGGUACAACCCUGGAUCAUGUAGUUGAAGUCGAGGUUGUCACGGCAAACUCGACAGUUGUACGCGCGAGCUCCGAGGAGAACUCGGACUUGUUCUUCGCUGUGAGAGGAGCUGGUGCAGGAUUUGGUAUCGUCACCGAAUUCGUCAUGAGUACUCAUCCGGCGCCAUCAAAUGUUAUUCACCUUAGCCAAAGUCAUUCGUAUAGCCACCCAGCGGAGGUUGCCAAUGUCCUGCAUACCUGGCAAUCUGUUGCCACGAACCCUGCCCUCGACAACCGCUUCAGUACAGAAAUGAUCUUCAGUCCGUCGGGUGCUCGCAUUUCUUCUACCUGGGUCGGCUCAGAGGCAGAGCUUGAGCAGAGUGGUAUUCUCAGCCUCAUUCAAAUUGCUGAUGUCCCUAUCACAACUCGUCAAGAGACCUGGGAGAGUUCUCUUGCUCACCUCGCUGCCGAAGAAGCUCUCCAUACGGCAUCCAUCCCGAACAAGCUUUACUCGAAGAGUUUGGGCUUGAGCAGCAGUGACGUCCUUUCCAGGAUAGAGAUUGCCCGUAUUCUUGACAGUCUGCCAGCUGAGCUCAUGGAAGACAACUGGUCUAUCAAGUUCCAGGCUGCUGGUGGUGCUGUUGCAGAGGUUCCCGUUGGCAGCACAUCCUAUGCUCACAGAGACAAGGUCAUGUUCUAUCAAUCAUACGCCCCGGAUGCUUCGAAGACGACCCGCAACAUUCUUGAAGAUUUUCACAGGAAGCUGAUGAACGCUCUUCCUGAGGCCACUGGUACCUACCCAGGGUUUGUGGACACGGAUCUUAGGGAUGCUCAGAAGUCAUAUUGGGGGUCCAGUCUUGCUGCUCUGGAAGAUAUCAAGACACACUGGGAUCCCAAGGAUAUUUUCCACAACCCCCAGAGCGUCUCUGCUCAUACUUGA